AUGACUGAGGAAGUGAUUGUUCCUGUAUACGCCACAGGGAUCUCUGCCCAACUACAGAAAGAACGGGACCAGGAGCUGGGUAUAGGAAAACACGAAAAUGCUGUGAAGUUUCUGGGACAGGAAUUUGAGCGGAUUCAGCAAGAGUGCUUGGCAAAUGGAACUCUGUUUAAAGAUGACACUUUUCCUCCUAGUGCUUAUUCAUUGGGUUUUAAAGAACUUGGCCCAAAUUCCUCCAAGACCUACGGAGUUAAAUGGGUCCGGCCUUCGCAACUUGUGUCUAAUCCUCAGUUUAUAGUGGAUGGUGCUACAAGGACAGACAUCUGCCAAGGGGCUCUCGGUGACUGUUGGCUCCUUGCUGCUAUAGCAUCUCUUACAUUGAAUGAUACUCUUCUCCAUCGAGUGGUUCCUCAUGGUCAGAGCUUCCAGCAGAACUAUGCAGGAGUGUUCCAUUUCCAGCUCUGGCAGUAUGGCGAGUGGGUGGAUGUCGUAAUUGACGAUUACCUUCCAGUUAAAGAUGGGAAGCUGGUCUUUGUACAUUCAGCCUCUGGUAACGAAUUCUGGAGUGCACUGCUGGAAAAAGCCUAUGCCAAAGCUAAUGGAUGUUAUGAGGCUCUCUCAGGUGGGAGCACUUCUGAGGGCUUUGAAGACUUUACUGGAGGAGUAACUGAGUGGUAUGAGCUGAAAAAACCACCAGCUGACCUGUUCACGAUCAUCUCAAAGGCUUUGGAGAGGGGAUCCCUCAUGGGCUGCUCCAUUGAUAUCAGUGGUGUAGCAGAUAUGGAAGCUGUAACCUUCAAAAAAUUGGUCAAAGGUCAUGCAUACUCACUCACUGGAGCCAAAGAGGUUAAUUUCAGAGGCCAAAGUACUAAAUUAGUUCGAAUGAGGAAUCCCUGGGGUGAAGUUGAAUGGACUGGUGCCUGGAGUGAUAGUUCAAAUGAGUGGAAUUAUGUGGAUCCAUCAGAGAGAGAUCUCAGACUACAAAUGGAAGAUGGUGAAUUUUGGAUGUCAUUUCAAGAAUUUCUUCGGGAAUUUUCGCGUCUAGAAAUUUGCAAUCUCACACCAGAUGCCUUGAAAGCCCGCAAAAUUCGCAAAUGGAACACAACAUUUUAUCAUGGAAACUGGAGAAAAGGGAGCACAGCUGGUGGUUGUAGAAACUAUCCAGCUACGUUCUGGAUUAACCCACAGUUCAAAAUAAAGCUGGAUUAUGAGGAUGAAGAUGAUGACUAUGGCAAUGAAAAAGGCUGCACCUUCCUCCUUGCCCUCAUGCAGAAACACCGAAGAAAAGAGAGAAGAUUUUGGGAAGGACAUGGAGACAAUCGGUUUUGCCGUCUAUGAGGUAUGGCAGUGAGUUCAUAGGACAGUCAGCUGUGCAUCUCAAGCGUGACUUCUUCCUAGGCAACGCAUCUCGUGCACGUUCCGAGCAGUUCAUUAACCUGCGAGAAGUUAGCACCCGACACAAGCUUCCUCCCGGAGAAUACAUAGUAGUGCCUUCCACCUUUGAACCCAAUGUUGAGGGAGACUUUGUCCUGAGAGUCUUUUCAGAAAAUCGACAUGGGACUGUUGAAAUGGAUGAUCCAAUAGUAGCUGAUUUACCCACUGAGCAAGCUGUAACUGAAGCAGACCUUGAUGAAGGAUUUAAAAACCUUUUCAAACAACUUGCUGGUGCGGACAUGGAGGUUAGCGUUGGGGAGCUACAGACCAUAUUAAACAAAAUUAUAUCCAAACAUAAAGACCUUCGCACUAAAGGAUUUAGCUUGGAGUCUAGUCGCAGUAUGGUGAAUCUCAUGGAUAAAGAUGGGAAUGGAAAACUUGGAAUGUUGGAGUUUAAUAUCCUGUGGAAUAAAAUUAAACAUUAUCUGACUGUUUUCAGAAAGUAUGACGUGGACAAAUCAGGAAGCAUGAAUGCCUAUGAAAUGCGCAUGGCAGUGGAGUCUGCAGGAUUCAAACUGAGCAACACCUUGCAUCAGCUGAUUAUCACCAGAUAUUCUGAGCCUGAUCUGUCUGUGAAUUUCGAUAGCUUUGUGUGUUGUCUGAUCAGACUGGAGACCAUGUUCCGAUUUUUCCAAACCAUGGAUACAGACAAAGAUGGUGUCAUCAACUUCACCCUUUUCACUUGGCUCCAGAUGACGAUGUUUGCGUAG